AUGGGUGUAAGGGAGGACAUGGGUGUGAGGGAGGACAUGGGUGUGAGGGAGGACAUGGGUGUGAGGGAGGACAUGGGUGUGAGGGAGGACAUGGGUAUGAGGGAGGACAUGGGUGUGAGGGAGGACAUGGGUGUGAGGGAGGACAUGGUGUGCCUUUUCACCGCGCUGCCUUCUUGCCCUCUCUUCACUUCACCUCCUCUCUCCUCCCCUUCCUUCUCCUCCCCUCCCUUCACCUCUCCUCCCCACACCUCCCCUCCCUUCUCCACCCCUCCUUGUCCUUUCCCUUGCAGCUUCUCUCCUCCCUUUCUCCUCCCUCGCCUUCACCUACCCACUCAUUCGCCAUUCACCUGCCACUCCACUCUCUCCUCCACUCCCUGCUCCUCCUCUGUCACCUCUCCCCUGCCCUCCAUCCACACUCCUCGGACCCCACCCUAUCCUCUCAUCCUCUCCCCCUCUGGCCUCUACCGCCCCCACCGCUCACCAUCAGUCGUUUCAAGCGGCACACUUGCUUCUGCCCCAUCUCACACCAAUCUUCUCCCAUGUUGCUGCGUUCACCUGCACCCGCCCCCCCUCUCGUCCUCCUCCGCGUUCCCCCCAGCUCCCCCACUCGCGGCCCCCCUUUGCACCCUUCCUUGCGCUCGCCCUCUUGUUUCUGCCGCGUGCUCUCCCCCCUUUCCCUCUAUCCCGCACUUCCCCACCCCUUCGCCUGCCCAUUCUCCCCUCUUCCGCCCUUCAACUCCCGCUCAUGCUUUCGGUGCCACGCCUUCUCCUGCCCCUCGCCCCAAUUCCGCCAAACCCAAGCCACGCGCGCCCGCAUUCUCACUCCCCCUUCCCCUCCUUGCGCCUCCCCUCCCCGCUCCGCCUCCCCUGUAA